AUGUUUAGGAAAUCAUUGUUCAGAUUUAGCACAUACAAUUUCAUCAGUGUUACACAAAAAGGAAAGGUCGCCUUAAUUUAAUUAAACAGACCAAAAGCUUUGAAUGCUCUUUGUGAUGGAUUAAUUAAAGAAUUAAACCAAGUAACAUAGGAAAUUGAUGCUAAUCCUGAAUAUGGAUCAAUUGUGAUUACAGGAAAUGAAAAAGCAUUUGCAGCUGGAGCAGACAUUAAAGAAAUGUAAGACAAAUCUUUCCCAUAAGUUCAAAACAUCUAAAUGCUUGCAUCAUGGGAAAACUUGACCAAUAUUAAAAAGCCUAUCCUUGCAGCAGUAAAUGGUUAUGCCUUAGGUGGUGGAUUUGAAUUGGCAUUAAUGUGUGAUAUUAUUUAUGCAGGAGAGAAUGCUAAAUUUGGAUUGCCUGAAAUUACACUUGGAACAAUUCCAGGAUGUGGAGGAACUUAAAGAUUAAUUAGAGCAGUAGGCAAAUCAAAGGCUAUGGAAAUGACAUUAACAGGAGAAUUCAUUGAUGCACAGACUGCACUCUCAUAUGGAUUAGUCAGCAAAGUAGUUCCAGCAUAAAAUUUAGUUGAGGAAACAUUAAAAGUGGCUGAAAAGAUAGCUUCAUUUAGCAAACCUGUUGCUGCUUUGAUCAAGGACACCAUAAACGAGGCAGAAAACAUUGGAUUAAGAGAAGGAGUGAAAUAUGAAAGAAAAGCAUUCUAUUCUACAUUCGCAACUCAAGACAGAAAAGAGGGAAUGUCAGCAUUUGUAGAAAAGAGAAAACCAUCUUGGACUGAUAAUUGAGUAUUAUAACAAUAUUAUAUAUUAUUAAAUAUUGAAUCAUACCUUAUAUUA